AUGGACGACGUAACCGAGGCUGCCCUGAUCAAAACGUUCGACAAACUUGCAUCAGAACAUGUCAUUUUAUACGGGCCCUAUGAGUCGAUCGAAGUGGAAGAUGAAGGGUACCCUAUGGAGUUUCGCAUCUGCCCAGCACUAGCUACAAAACCUCACACAGUGGGUGCUACCAACCAUGCCUUCAAUCAAUCGCGAAAAUUGGGUCCAGGAAGCGACAUGUUUUGCCCGGACGAGCGAAUCAUGAUCAAGCAGAUCAACGGAACGCACGACCUAGCACUGAACCUAUUCUGUGUGGAUAGGCCGCAGUUACUGAUGACGACCUUGGACUCGUACAAGCGUCAACACGAGGCUCUUGACGCAGAAGAUUUUACAGUCAUGCUUGAAGUUUCGCGAAAGCUUCCAAACAUGUACGUCAUUUUCAACUGUGGGGAGAGAGGUGGAUGCAGUAGGGUGCACAAGCAUCUCCAGGGCUUGAAAGGGCCACCACAUGCUUUCGACUAUAUCAUCUCCUCUCUUCACGAUUCGUCCAAGAAGGUACCUUAUCAAUUCUUCGUUCAUGAGUUCAAGCAUGGGUUCAAGGAAACUUCAGCCUCAACCGUUGUUGAUGCGUACAAAAAGCUUCUCUCACAGUGUCGGUCAUCUAUGGGAACUGAAGAAGAUGAUACUCCUCCACACAACGUCGUCAUGUGGGCUGAUCGUCUCGUGGUUGUUCCACGUCGGGCAGGUACCACAGAAGGAGCAAGUGCGAAUGCUGGAGGAAUGCUUGGAAGUGUAUGGGUAACCGGCAAAGAGCAUGUGGAUAAAUGGUCUAAGGUCGGCUAUGCGAACGUGUUGAGGGAGUUGGGCGUUCCACGUUCCUAA